AUGUCGGCUGACAGCGAAUGGUCUUGCGACGCCAACGACGCCGUCCAGAUUACCAUCGUCCAGCCUGAUCAGCAAAAACCCAAGACGCUUUCUAGCUUUCAUCCUCAAUUCACAUACCCCAUUUUCGGCGAUGAGGAGCGCAUAUUCGGUUACAAGGGCUUGAUUAUCCGACUGCGUUUCGCCGCUCAUAACCUCCGUCCUCAUGUCCAUGUUUCCUACGACGAGAAAUUCACGGCUGUCGACGAUGCUGCGCCUCUUGAUGUAGUCAAGACGCUGAGAGAGUUUCUUCCUGGAGAGGCUUUUUCGACCCUACCUGAGUUCGAGAAGGCGGUGCAGGAGGAAGACGCGAAAGACUUUGUGCCACCAGGAAAGGUGGUGCAUAGCUACUCUCUCCGCGGAAGAAACUAUGAGAUUUAUGCGGCAUCUCUUGUGGACCCUCAAGUGCAGCUGUUGCUGAACCGGUUCCAGAUUAUGGUUUCGUUUUACAUUGAAGCUGGGAUGCCUCUUACUACAGAUGAUCCCGACUGGACACUGGAGCGCUGGACGGUAUACUUUAUUUACGAAAAAGUCGAGCCUCCCACCCCGACGGCCUCGCAGUAUUCGAUUGUCGGAUACGCGACCACCUACAAAUGGUGGUUCUACAAGAUCAACGGCUCCGAGAAGCCUACUCCAAAAGACACCCCUUUCCCUGCACCAGAACUCGUCCGUCCUGGAGAGCUCCCGUCGCGACUGCGCAUCGCCCAGUUCUUGAUCAUCCCCCCUCACCAGGGCACCGGACACGGCAUCAACCUCUACAACACAAUCCACACAGCAUGCUUCAACGACCCAACAAUAGUCGAGUUGACAGUCGAAGACCCGAACGAAUCCUUCGACGUCCUCCGCGACUCGGCCGAUUACCACAUCCUCCGCCCCGAAUUCCUCAAGCACAACCUGAACAUCAACCCCGACCCCUGGAGCGAAACCUCCAAGAAGACCCGACGCGUCCCUACCUCCGCCUUGCUCCCCUUAAAACUCCUCAACGAAAUUCGCACAAAAUACAAGAUCGCCCCGACGCAAUUUGCACAUAUCCAGGAAAUGUUCCUCCUUGGCCAGAUCGGGGUCAAACAUCGCAGAAAGGGCGGGGCAAACAUGUCGCGCCUGCUCAUCAAGAAGCACAGAGCCGACGACCCAGAUGACCGCCGCUACUACUGGUGGCGUAUGCUCACUAAACAGCGCCUCUAUAAGCGUUCCAGGGACAUGCUCAUCCAGAUGAAGAUGAGCGAGCGCCACCAUGCCCUCGAAGAGACCGUCACAAAUGUGGAGGAAGGAUACGAGCAGCUCCUCGGUUUCUUCGAGGAGCGCGAGGAGAAACUCAAGGCUUUGCAGGAGGAAGACGAAGUAUCGAAUAACAGAGAUCAGCGCACGAAGCGGAAAUUCACUGUCGACGAUGAUGAGGAGGAGGACUCGGAGGAAGGCUCUCUUGCGGCGAAGCGGCCAAAGGCGUAA